CCUUAACGGCCGCAAUUGCUAGUAUGCCCCCGUAUGUGUUCUUCGCCGCAGCCGUCUAGGGUUCCUCUCCCCUGCUUCCCUUGCAGAGCGGCCAUCCCUUUUGUUCUCUCACCAUAUUGGAAGAAUCCGAUUCCCCAUCACAAUCAGAUGCAAUAUAUAAAGGUAUAGAGAGGAAGCCCGUAGCCGUGAUAAACGCACGGAAUCGGCGGCCCGGAUCUCUCUACGGCAUGGCGAGCAGCAGCAACGGGGAGCGGAAGCGGGCCAGACCGGACGGGCGGCGGCGGCCUAGCGCCGCCACGGACGAGUACAUCAUGAUCGGCCCCAACGAGCCCUUCGCAAUCCCACCAGGCAUGAGUAGGGAGGAGGCUAUUCGCUUCUUUCAGGAAGCAGAGCAGGCCGCUAAGAAGGUCAUCGCCCUCUACGGCGACGGCCGUCCGGCGGACGGCAUACCGCGUGCCAGUCAUCUGCCUAAUAGCUGUCACCGCGAUGGUUCGAUAUACACUGUCAAUUUCGGUUGGCAUGUGGAUUACUGUAUUUCCGACCGUACCGAGACCCAGUUGGAGCCAAUGAUGUUAGCCGAACCAACAGAUUGUCAACCGAAUCGAGAAACGUGUGAUUUUCAUUUUGCAGAUCCUAUGAUGCAAAUUUUCUCAUUAAAAUUGGCUAAGAUUUCGAGUGGUAUUAGCCCAAUCCAAUUGUAUGGAUAUCUAGCGGUUCGUGAUAUUCGUGAUUCGGGACUUAAUUAUAUAUUCAAUCGUAGCAGAGAUGACCCCAUCACGAUAAAUGAGGGUUCUCUCAUAGAAAUGACUGGUCCUAAGCGAGGCAUCGGAAUGAGUUGUGAUGUCCUAAUUGAAUAUGACAUGAAGAUCAAGAAAGGAGGAAAAGAGGAGGAGGAUUUACAAUUGAUCGAUGGGGUAUCCGACUAUAGCGCGGUGUAUAACACAUCAUGCAAAGCAUUCAUGAAUCGCAUCGAUGGUGAUGGUGGUUCGGUUGACAUAACAUUGGCACUUAUUCGUAGAGCGGUGGAGGCCAUGAUAGAAGUUGUCGUAUCAGAAGUGUAUAAUGAGGGAUUCGAUUUAUGUCUCAGUUCUUUUGUGAGUGGGAUAGGAAAGGAGAUCCAGCUCUUUCAUGGUGUUGUUGACGAGCCAUGUGGCUUAAGAAGAUCUGUGGUCGCUGUUGCGUUGGAUACUUUGAUGGAGCUGAAGUUCAAGGUUUGUCAUGGAUGUGGGGAGAUUGAACGCUGCGCUAACUUCAAAGCUAUCAAGCAUGGAUCUGUCAGUCAAGACAUAAAGUUUGAUCAGGCGUCUAUCAGUGUGAAGGUCACUUGGUCGACUUUGUUGUAAAAGUCUAUCUAAUUGCAAUUCAUAUAUAAUUCAAACUCUUGUAUACCCGUGGUUUAUGUGACUAAGUAUUGCUAUCUUUUUUUUACACUA